UCUACCGAGGCAUUUCACAUGGUUUAAGUCUCCGGGAAGAAACCCCGGCUGUUUACGGCAUUACGGCAGAUUGAGCAACACUUUAUGUUUAGGAACGGCAGUGUCAGCAGCCUCUUCUCCGCAUUGUACUCUACUCAGAAUCAUCUGUAGAAUACGCCUUUGCCUCGGAUGAGCGGAGCAAAUGUCAUUUAUAUAAGCUUAUGACAAGCAGAGUAGAAUUUGCCCUCAUACAUAUACAUAUGUUGUUGCAUAUCACAAAUUAACUCCAAUAUUGUCAGAGCUCCACAAUGGCGCCGCCAGCCGGAGACGAGAAUGCGUGUGUGCAGGUUACUAAGACUGCUGACGGCAUCACUACCAUCACCAUUAACAGACAACACCGCAGAAAUGCAGUUGACGGCCCUACUGCGCGAAAGCUGACAGAGGCUUUUAUUGCUUUCGAAGACGAUGCCAGCCAAAAGGUUUGCGUCUUUCAUGGCGCCCAUGGAUCCUUCUGCGCCGGCUUCGAUUUACACGAGGUGGCCAAGUGGAACGGUCCUGGAGACAUGGACUACAUGGGCCCGAUUGUUGAUGGCGGUCAUGCCGUGACCGGUGACCGCCAGAUUGGGCCUAUCGGUCCCUCUCGACUUCAGAUCAAAAAACCCGUCAUCUGUGCAGUAGCAGGAUACGCCGUUGCGGGAGGCAUGGAGCUGUCUCUCUUGGGCGAUAUUCGUGUUGUUGAAGAGGAUGCUGUUUUUGGCAUCUUUUGUCGACGCUUCGGUGUCCCGCUCAUCGACGGCGGCACGGUUCGACUGCAGGCCAUCAUUGGUCUUGGCCGUGCCUUGGAUCUGAUCCUCACCGGCAGACCGGUUGGUGCUCAAGAGGCUCUCCAGAUGGGGCUUGCCAACCGCAUUGUUCCCAAGGGACAGUCUUUAGAGGAGGCUACGAAGAUUGCUAGGCAGCUGCUUGGCUUCCCUCAGGAAUGCAUGAACGUGGACCGAGCAAACUGCUACUACUCGGCUUAUAACGCGACGUCGUUUGUGGAUGCGUUGAGGAAUGAGUUUGUUAAUGGCUCCCAGGUAAUUACUACGGAGAGCGUUAAGGGCGCGGCCCAAUUUAGUGCCGGAGCUGGGCGACACGGUGUAUUUAAAAGUGCAGAUAAUUCGAACCUUUAGAUAUGUAUUGUAUAGCAUGUAUACAUUUUCCGGUCUUGGGCAGCUUGAACCCACUCCUGAUCUCUCUCGUAUUAGCCAAG